CCCGGUAGGCACUGUCGGAUCUCAACCCCGCCUGUUUCUAUAAAUCCGUAACCUGGAUCCGCAUCCGAGCCGCCAUUCGAAUUGUUCGAUCUUUCCCGCUCUUCCACUCGCUCCUCUACUCACUGCGCCGUUAAACCCAAUCUUGAAGGGAUCUUCCCCAAAUUAGCGAUCUUAAAGAAUUCGCGGACGAGGGUUCUUUAGAGAAGUUCUUGAAGAAAGAUCCCUCCUUUUUUUUUUCGAUCUAUGAACCGUUCUGAUUCAAUUCUGGCUUUAUUUUGAUUGAUGUACGAAGGGAUUGGUCGGGUGAUGAUGAUUAUUGGAGAUUGGGAGCUUUCAGUUUUCAAAUUGGUGUAUUUCGCUUGAAUGGCGGAUCAAGUAGGGAUUUUUUCGUGCGAUUCUUCUGGAAAUCUUUGCGUGCCAUCAGAGUUGCAGACAAUGUAAUUAGACUUCGACAUAUGGACGUCAAGAGAUGUGAAGGAAGGAGAAUAGAAGGCCAAGAAGUGUAUAAAUAUGGAAGCCUUGCUGUGGUUGUGGCUAGGACUCAAUAGAUGCGGUAAGAGUUGCAGACUAAGAUGGACAAACUACUUGAGGCCGGACAUCAAGAGAGGCAAAUUCUCACCAGAAGAAGAACAAACCAUUCUCAAUCUCCAUUCCAUUCUUGGGAACAAAUGGUCUGCAAUUGCCACACACCUCCCUGGUCGCACUGACAAUGAGAUAAAGAACUUCUGGAACACCCAUCUUAAGAAAAAGCUCAUCCAGAUGGGCUUUGAUCCUAUGACUCACCGGCCGAGGACUGACUUCUUCGCCACCCUGCCGCACCUCAUAGCUCUUGCAAACCUCAAAGAACUUGUUGACAACAAUCCUUGGGAUGAUCAUUCUAUGAGACUGCAAGCAGAAGCUGUCCAGAAUGCUAAGCUCCAGUAUCUUCAGUGCCUCAUCCAGUCUGCAGCUGCCAUGGCUGGUAACUCCACCACCAACAGUCCAAGCUCCAUUGCUGCUGAAUUGGAGCCUAUGAGCUUGUUGAACUCUCAGAUGAUGACUAUGCCUUCAAUGCCUAGUGCGCCAGCUCCUGCUGCUGUUCAUCUACCUGAGCUUCAGAUACCUUCAUCUUUUGAACAACAGCAGCCACUCAGCAAUGAAACCAAUCAUCAGGAAUCCAGCUUCAUUGUGUUCAGCCAAGGAGAGAAUAGCACACCAAGAACUCCAUUGAUCUCUCCUUUAUCUCUUCCUCCUCUUACUGACAUCUCUAUCAGCAACCCUGGGGAUGCUUGUAGCACCUCCAGCUGUGGUGAUGGAGGAGCUAUGCCUUUCUGGCCUGAGCUCUUGCUUGAUGAACCUUUCCUCACAGAGUUUGCCUGAUUUUCUUCUUUUUUUAGUUUUUGUUUUCCUUUUUGUUCUUCUAGCUCUAGUUUUCAUUUUAUUUUAUAUUAUUUUUUUUCUUUUUGAGAGUGUGUUCAGUGACUGCAGGAAGGUUGCACCACCUUUUCUUAUCACGCAGUCUUUGUUGUUAGUACUAUUCACCAUGCAGACCAUCUCUUAAACAAGCUCAGACACAUGUA